GCUUCAGUCCUCACAAGAAUGCGCCUGUAAUGUUUCUCGCGGCCCGCCAAUCGCUCUCGGUCAAAACAUCCCUCAAAAUCGUUUCCAUUACGCCAUCGUUCUCGAACCUCUUCACCAGAACCGCCAAUUUCCGGCAGUACCAGCCGGGAAAUGGAUCGGACGGCCGAGACUGGACACCGGAAGAGAGUGUUGCCGACGUCUCCUACUGGACGAACAAGAUUCAUGGUCUCUGUACCAAGGAUCGAAAUGUCGAUGAAGCGCUUAGGCUACUCGACGCCCUUCGCCUUCACGGCUACCAAAUGCAUCCUCUCAAUCUCGGUAGCAUAAUCCAUGGUCUCUGUGAUGCCCGCCGGUUUCAUGAAGCGCACUGCCGUUUUAUGCUCUCUGUUGCUUCCCGGUGUGUGCCUGAUGAACGGACUUGUAAUGUUCUUAUUGCUCGUUUGCUUGAUUAUCAAUCUCCAUAUUGCACCUUGCGCUUGCUUGUUUGUUUGUUUGAAGCUAAGCCUGGUUUUGUUCCUUCUAUAGUGAAUUAUAAUCGUUUGGUUGAUCAGUUUUGUAAGUUUUCACUACCGGAUGUAGCUCAUAGGGUUUUAUUUGAUAUGAAGAGUAGAGGCCAUUGUCCAAAUGUUGUUUCCUACACUACCUUGAUUGAUGGAUACUGCUGUGUUGGUAAUAUAUCUGCUGCUGAGAAACUGUUUGACGAAAUGCCUGAGAAUGAUGUGGUGUCUAAUUCACUUACAUACAGUGUUCUAAUUCGUGGGUUUCUUUACAAACGGGAUUUUGAAACUGGGAUGGCAUUCAUAUGCAAGCUUUGGGAGGAGAUGAAUGGAGAAACGGACCCUUCUGUGAACAGUGCAGCUUUUGCCCAUCUUGUUGAUUCUCUAUGUCUAACGGGUUCUUUCCACGAGCUGUUUUCAAUAGCAGAAAAUAUGCCUCAGGGGCAGAGUGUGCCCGAGGAAUUUGCUUAUGGGCAGAUGAUAGAUUCACUUUGUAAAGCUAAAAGACAUAACGGGGCUUCAAGAAUUGUAUAUAUCAUGAGGAGGCGAGGGCUUAAUCCUGGUUUACUAUCAUAUAAUUCUAUUAUCCAUGGGCUUAGCAAGGAGGGAAAUUGUAUGCGGGCUUAUCAGUUGUUAGUCGAAGGAGUUGAAUUUGGGUACUCACCAUCUGAACAUACAUAUAAGGUUCUUUUAGAAGGUCUUUGCCGAGAGCUGGACAUCCAAAAGGCUAAGGAAGUUCUUCAAAUAAUGAUAGACAAGGAAGGCGUGGAUAGAACUAGAAUUUACAACAUAUACUUGAGAGCUGUCUGCCUUACAAAUAACUCAACCGAGCUUUUAAACACGCUUGUUGUAAUGCUUCAAACUAAUUGUAACCCUGAUGUUAUUACCCUCAAUACAGUCAUCAAGGGAUUUUGCAAGGUUGGAAGCAUUGAAGAAGCUCUAAAGGUACUAGACGAUAUGAUGAUUGGUAAAUUAUGCAACCCUGAUCAGGUGACCUUCACAACUAUCAUAUGUGGCUUACUGAAUGUUGGGAGGAUCCGGGAAUCUCUUGAUAUAUUGUAUAAAGUAAUGCCAGAAAAAGGCAUUAUGCCAGGUGUUGUUACGUAUAAUGCCACUAUUCGAGGUUUGUUUAAACUUCAACAGGCAAACCAAGCAAUGGAUACCUUUGACAGAAUGGUUAGUAAUGGCGUGCUAGCUGACAGUACUACUCACGCUGUGAUAAUUGAUGGGUUAUGUGAUUCCAAUAAAAUCGAAGAAGCUAAGAGAUUCUGGAAAGAUAUAGUCUGGCCAUCAAAGAUUCAUGACAGUUUUGUUUAUUCUGCUAUUCUUAAAGGGCUUUGCCUCUCCAGCAAAUUCAACGAAGCUUGCCAUUUUCUAUAUGAACUAGCAGAUUCUGGGGUUUCUCCAAAUAUCUUUUGCUACAAUAUUGUGAUCAAUACUGCAUGUAAGUUGGGAUUAAAAGGAGAAGCAUAUCAAUUGGUCACAGAGAUGCGAAAGAAUGGGUUAACCCCUGAUGCCGUAACCUGGAGGAUUCUUCACAAAUUACAUCAAAAUGAGAUGACACAAUCACGUCCCAAGCAUUUAACUAAUCAACCUACAGACGGCUUGGACCAGACAGAGUUGAAGAACUAUUUGCAAAUGUAACUAUUUUGUAUAAAGGGUGAUGUGAUGCAAUGCAAUGAAAGCUCGGAGACAGCUUACUUUUGGCCAUGUGCUUACCAAAGUGAUCAGGUAAGCUUUCUAUCACUUCGUACUAUCAUUUCCUUACUGGGUUUGUUAAAAUAUACACAAACGUUCUUGCUAAAAAGGAAAAUGAUUAGAAAAGUUGCAAUCACAAUCACAUCGACCUCUUUUUCCACAUUGUCGGAUGAAGUAGUGAUUAUUUUCCAUC